UAAAUUCAAGUCGCUCUUUGUUUUUUUCUCAUUUCUCUAGAUUUUUUUUCUCACACGUUUUUUUUUGUUUCAUUCGCUUCCUUUUCAAUAUGGAAUCUGACCUGUUGAAAGAGGGUAUCGUCGAGGUCCGAGGUGAUAAUGGAGCUUUUUACAAAGCCUUUAUAGUUGAUGUACAUGAAAACAUUUCUAAUUUAACAAAUGAUGCAGAAAGUAAUAGUCCAUCGAGUUGCAAAACCAUGAUCACUUUAGCCUUUGAAAAUGAUUGGCAGCCACAAAGUGAAUUUCCCAUAAAUAGGAUAAGACUUCCCCCUCCAACCAAUUAUCUGGACAAUGGGUCAAAUGACAGUGGUAACGGUUCAGAGAUGGCACCUAUAACUGAAAACAUGGAAGUAGAAGUAUUAACAAGUAGCAAUGAAGGUGAACAGUGUGGGUGGUGGCGAGCCACCGUUAAGAUGAUCAAAGGAGAUUUUCACGUUGUGGAAUAUCAAUCUAUCAACAGUAAUUCACCCUCAUCAACUAACUGUGAAUCGGGUAGUCAGAGUCAAGGAAGUACUUACUCAGAGAUAGUACCUUCUGAAAGGAUUAGAUUCAAAAACCCGAAUCCUUGUUUAACCUUAAACCCGUUUUUCAAGAUUGAGAUACCUAUACCGGAUGAUCUUAAAUCUACAACAACCAAUUACAACUGGAUUAAUAGACCAGAAGCUCAUAAAUACUUUAAGCAAUACAUAGAAGCUAUCGUAGUGAGAUAUGAUGAAACUAAACAGGUAUUAAUUGCAAUUGGUUAUGCUCCAAAGGAUAAAAGUCUGGCGAUUAUUUCGAUGAAAAAGAGAGCCAAUAUGCUCAGUGAUAUGCAUUUUCGAAAUCUUAAACAGAAGAUGAUUAUAAUCGCUAAGAAAGAGGAAGCAGCCAAACAAUUGGAAUCUUCUAAAGGUAGUGGCUACAAUUCAUCUUAUGGUUCAACCGGUCAUCCAUAUUCUAGUGGUCAAUCCAAUUGUUAUGUAGAUGAAUUCACGGUCGCAAGUCAUCUCAUGGGUCUGGCUAUUGGUAGUCAUGGAGCGAACAUCCAAAACGCUAGGAAAGUCGAAAGUAUUGUUUCCAUUGAACUGGAUGAAAAUAGUUGUACUUUUAAAAUAAGGGGAAACUCUUCGGAAGCAUGUCGGAAAGCUCGAAACAUCUUGGAAUAUGCUGAGAAAGCUAUCGAAGUACCUCGAAGUUUAGUUGGUAAAGUAAUUGGACGUAAUGGUAAAGUUAUCCAGGAGAUUGUUGAUAAAUCUGGUGUUGUUCGGGUUAAGGUUGAAGGUGAUAGUGAAAAUGAGCCACCUCGAGAAAAUGUACCAUUCGUUUUUGUUGGAACCACAGAAUCGAUUGCGAAUGCAAAAAUUUUGUUGGAUUAUCAUCUUUCACAUCUUUUAGAGAUGGAAAAAUUCAGAAAAGAGAAAUUAGAAAUUUUUCUACAAUUGCGUAACCGAGAUGUGCCACACUCUUCAUCAUCCAAUGCUGCUUCAUCUCAACCCACCUCAUUACCUGGUACUGGAACAGUAAACAGGACUGGUGGCGGUGAUAUCGGCACUUAUGUAGUAACCGGAGAUACAAGUGGACGAGGUCCACGUGGUCAAAGGAUCAAUGACAGGGGAGAUAGAACUGAUAGAGGAAAUCGUGGAGGAGGUGGUGGGGGUGGAACCAAUCAUGAUAGAGGUAACAAUAGUGGUAGAGAAGCUGGUGGUGGCGGUGGAAGCGGGGGAGGUGGAAAUGAAAGAUCUCGUAAUUCUCGAUCUCGUGGAGGAUCUGGUAGAAGAUUUUCCGGUGGUAUGAUGGAUAAUAGGCGAUCACAACCAAGAGAUGGUAACACAUCUAAUCGAAACUCAAAUAACAAGCAAAGACUCUCAAACAAGGAGGCAACAUCAUCAACAUUGGUGGAAAAUAGUACCAACAAUCCACCUCCAAUCAAUAUAAAAAAUCAAGAAAUAAUUUCUUCUAAAGAAGUUGAAAAAGUCACAAAUUAACCAACUAAAAACAAAUAAUAUAAAAUCAACCUUAUCAACAAAAACAACAACAACAAAACAAAAGAAAACCAGCAAAACAAAUGAAAUUAAAAAACAACUAAAUCUAAAAAAAUUACACACCAAAACCACCACCACAACAAUUAACACUACAACGUCAACAAUAACACCAAUAAUUACCUUUAUCAACAACAACAACAACAACAACCAGAAGUUAAACAAAUCAACAUUCAAAGAAUUACCAACUCUCUCUCUCUAUCUCAUCUUUUUUGGAGCGCGUCCUUAAUUAAAAUGAUUUCAUUUUUUUCUGCUUAACUAGUGUUACACUAAUUGGGAUCUAUCACUUUGUGUAAAGCAAAUGAUUUAUCAAGAAAAACAAAUCAAUUUGAUGAGACAAUUUAAA